AUGGAACAACAAUUCUUAGGGGUCGAGCCUCCAUUAGAUGCAAAUUUAUAUCAACUGCACAAUUCAGUUAAUCAACAGCAACAACAACAGCAACAACAAUUGCCCCAACAUACCCAGAUGCAAGGUCAAAGAGUGCAACAACUUCAACAGUAUUCUCAACAACAAUCACCUCAAACUCAGUAUCAACAGCAGUUUCAUCAUAAUUUAAUCCCUCAACAACCUAGAGCCCUAAAUGGCCCACCUUCAAACCAAGCAUUUGCUUCGUCAGUUUUGAGUACCCCCAAAAUUAAUAAUCAAUACGACUUAAAUAAUUCUAACAUUGUUACAAACCAACCACAGUAUGAUCCUCGAUAUAACCAACAAUUUCAAAUGUCUUAUCAAUUCCAUUCUCAUCAUAUGAAUUCCCAGUAUAAUUCACCAAGUUUAAAUCAUUUAUCUCAGCAAAAUCAAAGUCAAAAUAGCAAUCAAUUACAGUCUCACUCUCUUGGUUAUGAUGAUUUACAUCAACAAGGUAGAGGUGAUAAAGAUUUAGUACCUCCCAUUCCACCAUUACAUAUUCAACAACAGUUAGUCAAUAGUUCUGAAAUUAAAUCUGAAGAUGUUUCCAAUGUAGGUAGAGACUCUAUCGCAUCAACAAUGUCAAAUCCAACAACUGCUUUAUCUACUUCAUUUAAUGGUUCAACAUCGAUUUCGAAUACUUCUACAAGUUUACCCACCGGUCAAGGAGAUCAAAUGUUAAGGUCUUCUUGUUCUAGAUGUAAAAAAGAAUUUGAUCAACAUAUUAUUAUUCCUCAACAAAGACUUGGUAGUGGAAAUAAAUUUUUGGCUGAGCCAAAGAUUUUUAAGUUAUGUCAUCAUUGUCGUGAAUUACAACGUCAAAGAUCAAGAAGAUGGCAAAAGAAAACCAAAGAUAAGCAAGGGGUUUGUCGUAGAUGUGGUAGCGAAAUACCCCCUGAAGAACAAAAAUUUGUAUUAUGUCCUUCUUGCCGUCAAAAUUUACGAACUAGAAAGGCUAAUCGAGCAGCUCAAGGGAAAUGUGUUCAUUGUUCUGGUCCUUUAGAUGCAUCUAUUAUAACUGAUCAAAAAGUAGAUGAGAAUUCUACUACAAGUAGUACUACUACGACGACGACUACCACAACAACUAACAAUAGUAGUAAAACUUCAAAAGCUAAUUAUAAAGUAUGUCAAAGAUGUCGAGAGAAUGAUAAGAUUAGAAGAACUAAUUUAGAGAAAUUAGAGAAAUGUAAUAGGUGUGCAAAGACUUUAGAUGAAUUUGAUAGGGGGAAACAUAAAGUGUGUUCGAAUUGUCGUAAUAAGAAAAGAAGACUUCAUCAGAGUCAAUCACAAAGUAAUAUUAAUACUGGUAUUACUAAUACUGAUUUAAAAUAUAAUUCGACUACUGAUUCAAAUCCAUCCCAAGAUGUUACGAAUUCAAUGAUGGCAGCAGUUGCAGCUGGUAUUGCACCUCACCCAUCACAUUUUCCAAUUCAUGGUCAUCCUGUACCUGGCCCAAUACCGAUUCCUGGAUCCCACCAAAUGUCAAUGAUUCCUCCUGAUCAACAAUCUAUGGGUAUGAUGACAGGACCUAACGAUGGAUCUGUUCCAUAUGGAGGACCCUUAAAUCAAUACGCGCCAUCAAUUUCGCAGCAACAAUAUAAUCAACUUCCAUUUGCACCUCAGUACAAUCAACCAUUAAUGCAACUACCACCCCAACAACCACCUCAACAGCAGCAACAACAAAUUCCAAGACAACAACAAUACAUGAUCAAAGACGAUUACCAAAAUAACUACAUCCCUCAUCAAUGA